GGCCCGCGCUUCCCAGCCCCCGAAAGUCCCGCCGCCGCAUCCUUGAGGCGAAGAAGCGGCCGGAGAGGCGGCGGUGAAGAGGAGGAGGAGAAUGGCGGCGCUGGCGAGCGGGGCCGAGCGGGCCGUCCUGGAAGAAGAGUUCAAGUGGCUUUUACGAGAGGAGGUCCAUACUGUCCUUCGGCAAUUGCAAGAUAUUCUGAAGGAAGCAUCUCAUCGGUUUACGUUGCCCGUCGGCGGCGCCGAGGGAUCCAUCAAGCAGGAGAACUUUAUUCUGGGUAGUUCGAAUGUUGACCAGGUCAAAGGAAUCCUGACCCUUCAGGCUGAUGCCCUCUGCCAGGCAGUAAGUAUUGGCUGCUUUCCCUUGUCUAUGUCGCUAGAGAGCGAGUCGCUCCCGGAUUGUACCGUGGCUUCUCUCCCUCCCUCCCUCGUUCUCUCUCUGCAGAAGAUGUUCACGCCUGCUUUGCCUCCAGAUAUCCUGGUGAACUUUUACAUCAACCUGAAUAAGCUGUGCUUGACCGUCUACCAGUUGCAUGCGCUGCAGCCCAGUUCCACUAAGAAUUUCAGACCUGCUGGCGGGUCCAUCCUCCACAACCCAGGGGCCAUGUUUGAGUACAACAACCAGAGAUAUGAAGUCAGCCAUGUGCACAAGGUGGAGUGCGUGGUGCCCUGGCUGAACGAUGCCCUCGUUUUCUUCACGGUGUCCCUGCAGUUAUGCCAGCAGCUAAAGGACAAGAUUGCGGUGUUUUCCGGCUACUGGAACUACAAGCUCUACUGAUCCUGCCUCCUGACGGGUCCACCUGCCGUUUCAGUCCCUCUCUUCCCGAGACGAGAUCGUUGCAUAAGCUGCGUUUGUGAGAUGUUCCUGCCCUCGUGCGGGUGGGCGGCUGCCGGGCAGGGCGUCCCUCCCGGAGCAAACAGCUUCGGCUGCCGAAUGUCACUCUGUAUUUAGCACUUUAGAAAUACUCCCAUGUCAUGUCCAUCACUUCUGGCGCGUAGGCUCGCCCUCUGAACCGUUGACAGAUCCCACCCUGCUGGAGGGAACAGAUGUGAUUAUGGGGGGGAAACAGGGACCAUACCGCGAGACCUCCUUCCCCCCCCCAUGCCUCUGCUCGGCAGGAGUGUCUUCAUAGUUACCAUUCCUACUGUACAGAUUCCUUACCCUAUUCUGGAUUUGGGAUCACAGCCAUCUCCUCUUGAGUUUUUGCACAGAUGUGAUGAUUCAUCUCCAUCCCGAAGCUCCAGGGCCAUAGGGAACAAUUCUCUUUCGGUGUGUGUGUAUGUGUGUGUUAAAAUCUCCUUUUAAGAAGCGGACGCGCCCAUCUUGACUAGGUCUUCCACGAGACGUUUUCUGACGCGCCCUGCCACCAAAUAAUGUAAGUUAUAAAUCGGGUCCUGGUGGUCGAGGCGUCCGGUUGCUGCUAAACCUGUGAUAAAUUAUUUCUCACCCUUCUCUGUUGUCGUGAAAUAAAAGUCCCCUCAAUAUUGUGAUGGGCUUUCUGUAUC